ACUCUUUCCUACGCGCUGACAUUUGAACGGCGGCCAGAGCCAAGUCGAUCUGAGAAUAGCACAUGAACCAGUCUCCGAGGCAACUCUUCGGACAUCGUAAGUGAGUGCCGUGUUUGAUUUAGUGCGACACAGGACACAUCCGGACCAAGUUUCGGUGCCUUCAAGGUCUUUUAUUAGAAUAGGUAAUCAUGUCGACAGUCGAACGAAAAGAAUACCAGGAAACUUCGAUACGACGGACGGUGUCUCCCGUACGUAAUUUUCGAUCUUCAGCGCAGAAUGUUUCUGAAUUUGACAGUAAUUUAGAUUAUCUUCUGGAAGACCUGCAAAAUUCCGUGUCUCGUCCGGGAAGCUCGCUUGGUUACAACACAAGCAACACCUACAGAGAAACGUCCAGAGGUACACUCGAUUCCCAUCGCAGUAACUCACUGAACAGGAUAGCUCAUGUGAAAUCCUCAAAUCCUGUAACCGAAUACUCCACCGACGAUGUUCAUACAUACACGACUCCAGAUGGCAGAAAAGUUCGCGAAUACAAAAAGGAGUCAUAUCAAAUGUACAAAUCAUCUAGUGGAGGAGAGGCACCAUUGGAAAAGACUAAAGUACCAAACAGCAUUAAUGAACUCGAUUCCUUAUUAGACGAUCUUCAGCAAGUCAAAAAAUCAUCUUCAUCAUACGACAUUAAAGAAACGUAUACUGGCGUCGAUCCAGGACUAACAUCUAAAAAGACCACGGUGAACAGGGAGCUUCAUUAUGGAGAUACCCCGCAUAAGUCCAGAACUUUGGAACGAACUGAGGAAUCCAUUAGGCAGUACUCAAGCGAAGGAACGUACGGGGAUUUGCGACCAAUCCGUCCAACCACUCCUCAGUCGAGAUCAUCCACUUUAUCCAAGCAAACUAAAGUGACCAAUGUACAUUCGUAUCCAAUGGAAGUGGUGGAAACUACCGUCCCAGGCAUUGAUCCCGAAGUACUUGCUCAUUUAGACCCCAACUUACGCCCGCCCGGUAACACCAAAGUGACAACUACCAUUAAGACCUACACAUACGAAAUUCCCGGAUCCGGAGACUACCCAACGAAUCUCAAAAAGGAUGUGUCCGUUGAUGAAAAAUACGUCUAUUCACCAAAUAAAACAAUCACAACACCCAGUAGAAGCUUUGUCUACAACAAAGUCGAAAACAAAGAAAACACUAUCCAGAAAAUCGAACCAUCCUGGGAUACAAGGAAGGAAUAUUACAAAGACACUGAAGUUGAUCACAUUGAAAGGUAUCCUGCUCCAGCAGCCCCCUCCCACACUGUGGUUAAGGAAACUGUCACUACAAGAAACUACCAACCAGGUUAUGUGCCAGAGUUGCAACCACCAGGUGAAAGAACCUACAUCUAUAAUGAAACAACCACCACUAAAAAUUUCAAUGGAUACCCUAACGAACCUCCAAGGCAUGACACUUACAUCAUCAAAGACACACGCAAUACAACCACAACCAACAAGCCUUUGCCUUAUGCGGAUAACCCAGAUUAUCCUGUAGGAAAUCCUCCAAAGGAAACAUACAUAAUCAAAGAGACCAAUACUACGAAUCGGGUUGUCAAUCCUCCUUAUUCGAACGGAUAUCCGCCAAACAAAACCGUUAUUUACAAACAUGAAUCUCACACGACCAAUAAUUACGGUCCUGGUGGUCCUGGCGGACCAGGUGGACCGGGUGGGCCCGGCGGUCCAAGAAGGCCCGGAAGUCCGGAUCGUCGACCACAAAGUCCUUCGGAUGUGGACACGUUUGAUCCCAAAAAUCCUCCACCACACAGUUGGAAUCCGCCAAAAGAGAAACCAGUUAACAUCCAUUAUAAAUAUUCGUCGAGCAGUACUACGGAGAACAAAUACCAAGGAGGUUACCCACCUUAUCCAAAUGAUGAAACGCAAACACUGCUACCGAAACGGUUUCCCACUGAUGAUGAAAUAGUCGAUGCUGGACCACCGAAACGUCUGGAUGAUCUUAUGGCAACUAUUGGACAAGAGCCCCCAGAUAGUCCUUUGAAUGCUGGUUUUAAACAACAUGAAGAGGAGUUGGCCACACAAAGAAAAGUUGAUACCUUGAAAAGACAACAGGAAGAAGCCGAGGAACAGAAAAAAGAACCACUAGUUAAAACAAAGAAUGUAACUGGUCCACCAGUAUAUUAUCCUCCAGGCCAUGAGAUGUUUGCUAAGAAGGAAGAAAGUGGAGCAGCCUGGAGAGCUCAAGGAGGAUAUGCUAAAGGAUCUGGGAUGUAUGAAUAUGAAGCCAGCAGUGGGAGCAAAACAAAAACUAAAUCAGGAGCUGCAGUAGUUCCAGUAUGUCUGCCAUUAUGUUGUGGACUACCAUGUGCCUUGUUAUAAUUUAUUAUGGAGUGCUCAACAAAUGCAAGAUUUACUUGUGUAAUUAGAUGGAGAGCUGCAUGCUGUGACCAAGAUUUAUUUCAUGUUUAUUAUUGAUGUUUUACAUACCUCAUAUGAAUAAUAUUAAUCAAUUUUCACAUUAAUUUUAAGAGGUUGCAGUCAUGACAAUGUAUUAAUGAGUGUAUAAAAAUGUAUAAUUACUGCACAUUUGUAUAUAAAUUAAACUACAAUAAACUUUUUGUAAACUUUACUUUGUUAAAUAAAAAUCGAAUAUUUAAUAACAAUUGAUUGUUACAUAUUUUAAUUAUAUAUACAUGUUCUCUUGCCGUUAACAAAACACAUGACUAACUGUAUAAAUGUAUUUUAUUAUAAAAUCAAUAAAAAGUUACUCUACACAGAA